AUGAGAUGUCGACACGAAGUGACGUGUGACAAUGCGCGUCGCCACUCCUCCCCCAGAAAGAAAAGGAGCGAGCCCGGCGAAAAUGGAGGUCCCGUCGGCGACGAGCGGAACGAAGCUGCGGACGAGGCAACGCACGCGGCGCACCCGGAGAAGCUGAACGGCGAGAGGUACAGGUGCGGCGCACCGAAGAACGUAGGCGAGGAAGACGGCGUGCGUAACGGCAACGCGGGAUGGACUAGGCUGGACGGCGUGAACACUAGCGACGCGUGGCAGGACUGGACUGGAUCUGGAACUGGAACUCGAACGGAGACUGGAACUGGAACUGGAUGGAAGCGCGCGCUGGAGGCGCAAGUGCUACCAAGUAUCAUUACAAGUAUGGUACCCCAGUACUGCUUUAUUGAGCGAUACCGUGGCGUGGCCCUGCGCGCUGAGAAGACGACUACAGACGAGUACGACGAUGAAGAGGUCGCUGAAGAAGAGGAGCGACUGGAGAAGGUUUUGAGCAACAAGCAGUUGGUCAGUACGACGGCGACCAAGGAGCGGUGGCAGUUCGCCCUGUGGUUCAUUCAAGGCAAGGGCCCCCGGUAUGUGGUGGAAAAUGUUCUGAAGAUCAACCGUCUCGGCAGCACGGGGAAGGGGACGCCUCCGAGCGAAGCAGUGCACGACGAGCGCGCACACAUGCUCCGCACCGAGGCGUUGUCGGAGGAUGCGAGGGAGUAG